AUAUAUGACAGUUUUGCCAUGAAGUGUAGAAAAGGCCUGGGGUUUACAACAGCAAACGAAUAAUAAGAACAUUAAUGUUGUGUUAGCAUUUUGUUGACUGCCACAGGAAACAAACACAAAUGAUUGCAAAACACCGGCAUUGUUAUUUAAAAGUGUCCAUACAGUUGCUACAAAACUAAUUACAAAUCAUGUCCAAGGAGGAGGAAAAUGCGCCAAAAGCGACCGACACAAACGAAAAUUCGAAUGAAUCCAAUUCCGACACCACCUCGUCGAACACAAAGGAACCGGACUAUGAUGCAACUUUGGAGACCGAUCGCGGAAAGCGGUUCGAGUUUCUGCUUAAGCAGACGGAAAUCUUUGCCCAUUUCAUGAACUCGGCACCAAGCAAGAGUAGUCCUCCAAAAGCACCACGGGGCCGCAAGCCGAAGGUGGAUAAAACUGUUGAUAUAAGUGACCAUCGGCAUCGGAAGACGGAGCAGGAAGAAGAUGAAGAAUUAUUGGCGGAAACAAACCAAAAGGCGAAGACGCUAUUCCGUUUCGAAGCGUCUCCACCCUACAUCAAAGCCGGCGAGAUGCGCGAUUAUCAAAUCCGUGGCUUGAACUGGAUGAUUUCAUUGUACGAGAACGGCAUCAACGGUAUUUUAGCGGAUGAGAUGGGCCUGGGCAAAACGUUGCAGACUAUCUCGUUGCUAGGCUACCUGAAGAACAUUCGUAAUAAUCCCGGACCGCAUAUUGUGAUCGUGCCGAAAUCGACGCUCCAGAAUUGGGUGAAUGAGUUCGAACGCUGGUGUCCUUCGAUACGGGCGGUGUGUCUGAUCGGUGAUCAGGAGACGCGUAACGCAUUCAUUCGCGACGUGCUGAUGCCGGGUGAAUGGGAUGUUUGUAUCACGUCAUACGAGAUGUGCAUACGCGAGAAAUCCGUGUUCAAGAAGUUCAACUGGCGCUACAUGGUGAUUGACGAGGCGCAUCGUAUUAAGAAUGAGAAGUCGAAGCUGUCGGAGAUCUUGCGCGAGUUUAAAACGGCAAAUCGAUUGCUGCUGACCGGAACACCGUUGCAGAACAAUCUGCACGAGCUGUGGGCAUUGUUGAACUUUUUGCUGCCGGAUAUUUUCAACAACGCCGAAGAUUUUGACAGCUGGUUUGAUGCGAAUCAGUGCUUAGGUGAUAAUUCGCUGAUCGAGCGAUUGCAUGCCGUGCUGAAGCCGUUCUUACUGCGUCGAUUGAAGUCUGAGGUCGAGAAGCGACUGUUACCGAAGAAGGAAGUAAAAAUCUUCGUGGGAUUGUCAAAAAUGCAGCGCGAUUGGUAUACAAAAAUUCUAAUGAAGGACAUUGAUGUGGUUAAUGGGGCAGGCAAGGUGGAGAAGAUGCGCCUCCAGAAUAUUUUGAUGCAGCUGCGAAAGUGCACCAACCAUCCGUAUCUGUUUGAUGGAGCAGAACCUGGACCACCAUACACGACCGACUAUCACCUGCUGGAGAACAGUGGCAAGAUGGUGGUUCUCGACAAGUUGCUACAAAAGCUACAAGUGCAAGGAUCGCGAGUAUUGAUCUUCAGUCAAAUGACGCGUAUGUUGGACAUCCUGGAAGAUUUUUGCCACUGGCGAGGCUACAAUUACUGCCGGCUUGAUGGACAAACACCACACGAGGACCGUUCAAACAUGAUUGCUGAUUAUAAUGCCGAAAACAGCUCCAAGUUUAUCUUCAUGUUGUCGACUCGCGCGGGUGGCUUGGGCAUCAAUUUGGCUACGGCAGAUGUGGUCAUCAUCUACGACUCCGAUUGGAAUCCACAGAUGGAUUUGCAAGCGAUGGACCGAGCACAUCGUAUUGGGCAGAAGAAGCAGGUGCGUGUAUUCCGACUCAUCACGGAGAACACGGUUGAGGAGAAGAUUGUCGAGAGGGCAGAGGUGAAGCUGAAGCUCGACAAGCUCGUUAUUCAGCAGGGUCGAUUGGUGGACAACAAGACAAACCAGUUGAAUAAGGACGAAAUGUUGAACAUCAUCCGUUUCGGGGCAAAUCACGUGUUUCAGUCUCGCGAUUCCGAAAUCACCGACGAAGAUAUUGACGCAAUACUCCAGAAAGGCGAAGAAAAGACGCAGGAACAAAUGGCCAAGUUAGACAAACUGGGUGAAAGUUCGUUGCGUAGUUUCACGCUGGAUGCAGAUAAUCUCGAGAAUCGGUCGGUGUACCAGUUCGAGGGUGAAGAUUAUCGCGAAAAGCAAAAGCUGCAAACUCUUGGCUCCUGGAUCGAACCACCAAAGCGUGAGCGGAAGGCAAACUAUGCGGUUGAUGCGUACUUUAAGGAAGCGUUGCGUGUGGCCGAACCGAAAGCACCGAAAGCGCCACGACCGCCGAAACAGCCGAUCGUGCAGGACUUCCAGUUUUUCCCGCCAAGACUGUUCGAGUUGCUCGAUCAGGAGAUCUAUCAUUAUCGUAAGACGGUCAACUACAAGGUUCCGAAGAACUCGGAUCUUGGCUCAGAAGCUAACAAGGUGCAACGCGAGGAGCAGCGCAAAAUCGAUGAAGCAGACCCACUGACGGAAGAGGAACUGGUUGAGAAGGAAUCACUGCUGACGCAAGGAUUCACCAACUGGACGAAGCGUGACUUCAAUCAAUUUAUCAAGGCGAACGAAAAGUAUGGCCGGGAUGAUAUCGAGAAUAUUGCUCGUGAGGUAGAGGGAAAGUCACCGGAAGAGGUGAUGGAGUACAGCACGGUAUUUUGGGAGCGUUGUCACGAACUGCAGGAUAUUGAUCGCAUUAUGGGUCAGAUCGAGCGUGGCGAGGCGAAGAUUCAACGACGAGCUUCGAUCAAGCGUGCACUGGACAGUAAGAUGGCAAGAUACCGAGCACCGUUCCAUCAGCUGCGCAUUGCGUACGCAAACAACAAAGGGAAAAAUUACACCGAGGAGGAAGAUCGCUUUCUCGUGUGCAUGUUGCACAAGCUUGGAUUCGACAAGGAGAAUGUAUACGAAGAACUGAGAGCAGCUGUACGAUCUGCUCCUCAGUUUCGCUUCGAUUGGUUCCUGAAGUCACGUACUGCGCUAGAACUGCAGCGUCGUUGUAACACACUGAUUACACUGAUUGAGCGUGAAAACCAGGAACUCGAAGAGAAGGAACGGUUAGAGAAAAAGAAGAAAACAGGUGGCGGUAAUGUGGCUGGCGGAGGUGGUACUGUUGGAAGCGGUGGUGGUGGCGCACCAAAAUCGAACCAGAAGCGCAAAGCCGAUGGCACAAACGCGUCAAGCGACAAGAACAGGAAAAAGAAAAAAUCCUAAAUAGGAGAAAAGCCUUUUGAAAUGGCACAAACCGUGGGAUUAUGACAAAUCUUUAUAUAAGAAUACAAUGUGUUUAACGAAAAGGGAAUAGACGGCGGAAAAAGUGACCAUCCGUAAGCGGAAAAGUGCUAAAAUAGUGACACAUUCCGCAUUCAGGAUUAGAAUUUUUUUUUAUAAUUCGUUAUUUGUCAUCCACUUUUAGCUUGGCCAUAGCAUAUUGUAACUAGCAAUUUCCUCUCAAGGCCACGAGUUUCGAUUUACCCUCACACUGAUCGAUCCUCAUUUCUCCCUGCACGAGUGAAUAAUUAUUUGUAGUUUUAAAAUGGAAAAAUCAAAUCUUUAACUUCCUUUAUUUGCGUGAUGAACGGUGAUUGAUGGCGAUUGAUUCGCGAAAAUGACGGGAAGUGUAAUUUGCGUUGUAGAGUGAUUUUUAAACAUCUCUAUUCUAGGUAUUAAGUUUUUCUUUUUAUCUUGCUUUACAAAUCAAAAAGAAAGCUCCACAGCGAUCGUGUGUGUGUUUAGAAUCCGGAAAAAGCUAGGUAAUGUGAAAAGACACUUUAUACAAUUCAGUAUUGAACCAGUUUUCAACUAGCUUAAUCCUAUUUCGCAAAUUAGAGACUGGAAUUGAUUGCAUAACGAUUCUUCAAUGCGGUGUAAAAGAAUAUAGACGCGGGCCCAAGUUGCGGUGCUGUUUCGCUAAUUAGAAGAACAAACUCUCCAUCCACACACGCAUACACGACUUAUAAGGACUGUCAGUUAAGCUGCUUCCGUCAAACACUACUUACUGCAUGCACAUAUUUAUUGUAAGCUUCAGUAGAGAUUAACACGCACGUGGAAUGACGCUGAUUAACUGCUAUAGAUUAGUUGAUCGACCAGGAUUGCAAAUAAACAUUACAUUCACAUAGAA